AUGUCUCAACCGAUGAAGACGGAGCCGGACUCGGAAUCAGAAAUUAUUGUGUAGGAUAAUAUCGAUUUAUUUGUUUCUCGAUUAUUGAGUUAAAAAUAACCAAUAGUAUUGAUUCUACACUUUGUUGAAAACUUAUUAUUUAAAAUUUUUUAGUCCAGAACCCGAGACUUCCUCGCCUGGAAAGAGUGGGGUUAGUGUAGUCACAUCCACCAAAAACAACAAAGAUUACCAGAACAGUCUGUUGGACGAGACCAUCAACAGUGUCGCUCAUCGAACACCUGCGAAUGAAGUCCCAGCAGAAGCAGAUUUGUACGAUGAGGCAAGUUUUUAAGCUUUAUCAAUUAUUUUUAGAUUUUUACACACAAAAUGAUAAGGGAAAGGCUUAUUUUAGGUAUCAAACGCCUAAUUUAAGUAAGAUUUAAGGACGAAAAAUGAAACUGAUUAAACUAAAAAUUUAUACUUGCGUUUUCAGCCGCGAUAUUUCACUCACACCGACGUUCCUAAAGCCAGAAGGCUGGCGUUUCGAGAAGAUCUGGAUGAAAACACUAUUCUGAAUGCCGUUAUCGCAGACGAAGCCUACAUUGACACAUCAGACUUAGCUCAGCGAGUUCUUUAUGAACUAAAGCAGUACUCUAUACCUCAAUCUUUGUUCGCCGAGAAGAUCUUGUGCCGAAGUCAAGGAACACUGUCAGAUUUGUUGAGGAAUCCAAGGCCGUGGACAGAGAUGAAGUCAGGGAAAGAGACCUACCGAAGGAUGUUCAACUGGCUGCAGCAGCCUUUACAUGUCAGACUGUCGAUUUUGAAUCUGUACGAUAUUAGUGGAGUUCCUCCAAACGCCUUGAAGCCUCUCCCACCGCCUGAUCUCAAGAGGAAAAUGCAACCGCCAUCUCCAGAACAUUCUCCAAACACUUCGACGUCGUCCUGGGUUCCCACAAAGAAACAGAGAUUCUUGUUCACGGAGAAGCAGAAGUCAACAUUGAACACCAUUUUCAAUGCUUAUCCUAGGAUUUCAAAGGAUUUACAGGCAAGUAUUGAAACAUAAUUGUGUUUGAUCAUUUUAGGUAUCAAAAUCUAUUUUUCCAUCAAAAACUAAAUGUUGCUGAGUUAUAAAACUAGUAAAUAUUUAUAGCACCCUCACGGUUAGUCAUUUUCAGGACAAAAUCGCAGAUAAACUGGGGAUCGACACAAACACAGUAGGCAACUUCUUCAUGAAUGCACGACGGAGAAGCAAGAUUCAACAGCAGCGACGACCAGAGUACGAACACGAGUACGUCACAGAGCAAUAUGAGGACGAACCCGUGGAUGUGACAGAGCUAUCCAAUGUAUAA